GCUGCCAGCCAUGGUGGCCCUCCAGACUCUCCACCUGAGGAGCACCCAGAGAACCCAGAGCAACAUGCCUACCAGUCUGGAGGGACUGGUACACCUGGCAGACGUGGACCUGUCCUUCAACGACCUGAGUCGGGUUCCUGAGUGUCUCUAUACGCUGAGCAGUCUGAAGCGUCUCAACCUCUCCUCCAAUCAGAUCUCAGAGCUCUCCCUCUGCAUCGACCAAUGGACUCAGCUAGAGACACUCAACCUCAGCAGGAACCAACUCACAUCACUGCCU